CCCUCAGGAGCCAUGCUGCUGUUGCUGACCUUGGCUCUCCUUGCCAGUCCCACCUGCAGAGCCCAGAAUGUCCUGGGAAAUAAUGCCGGCACCUAUUUCUAUGUUCGUGGUGAAGAUCAGGGGGAAAUUAUGGGCAUGCGGAUCUUCCUAACACUUAUAAACCUCAUCAAAGGCAUCCAGCUGCAGUUUGGCAAUCGCUGGAGUGAUGUCUAUGGAUCCCAGUCACCAAACUAUAUAGAGUUCCUUCUGGAUGAGGGAGAGCACGUGAUAAAGGUAGAGGGCACCACAAAGCUCUGCCUGACUUCCCUGACCCUCACUACAAGCAAGGGGCGUGUGACCACCUUUGGUGUUAAAAGGGGCCUCUCCUUCAAUGACAGUGGAGGUCCAGGCCAGCAUCUAGUGACUGUCAAUGGUAUGUAUGCACCAGGCCUGUGCAUCAAAGGGAUGGGAUUCAAAUGGAGACAUACCGAUGAUGACAAUCGUGACCAUCAUGGUCACCAUGAAGAUAACGAGGAAGAUGAUGGUGAUGACAAAGAUGAUGGUGCUGAUAAAGAUGGUGAUGGCAAAAAUGAUAAUGAUGAUGAUUAUGAUGAUGAUGAUGAUGAUGAUGAUGAUGAUGAUGAUGACCAGAAAGAGGAAGAAGAAUAG